AUGGUUGACAGAGAAGUAGCGAGGACUAUUAUAGGCAUCAUAGGAAAUAUACUCUCUGUUUGCCUAUUUGGCUCACCAAUCCCCACAUUUGUGGAAAUUUUGAAAAGCAAAUCAGUUGGGGAGUUCAAGCCAGACUCCUAUCUAGCAACCAUAUUGAACUGCUCUCUAUGGAGUUUUUAUGGCCUGCCAGUGGUCCAUAAAGACACUCUCUUGAUGUCCAUCAACAGCAUUGGACUUGCCAUGGAAGCUAUUUAUGUUACCAUCUUCUUCAUACAUGCUCAAAGGAAUGGUCGAGUUAAAGUAAUUAAAUGGAUCUUCAUAGAGCUUGUUUUUUUGGCCAUUUUGGUGGCAUGCAUAUUGAAGUUCAGUGAUACCCAUGAGCAAAGAUCAAAAAUUGUAGGGAUCAUUUGUCUCGUAUUUAAUGUGCUCAUGUAUGCUUCGCCUCUUACCAUGAUGAGGAAAGUGAUUAUAAAAAAGAGCGUCAAGUACAUGCCAUUCUAUCUAUCCUUGGCUAUAUUUCUCAAUGGAAUCAUUUGGGUCUUUUAUGCUGUGGUGGAUAAACUUGAUGUCUUCAUUUUGAUUGGGAACAGUGUGGGGAUAUUAUCAGGAGCUACGCAACUAGUUCUUCAUGCAUGCUAUAAUAAUGUUCAGACCACCCUGAAAGAUGAGGAUGUCAAGCCGGCUGCUGAGCUUCAAGUUCAACUCUCUACGACCGACGAAAAGGCUUAG